AUGCUGAACGUAAAGGACUUUGCAUACAACGCCGACGACGAUAGGUAUCGAGGUGUACAUGGCUCUACACUCAACUGCAUAAAAUGUAUGCUCUACGACUUUGAGCCGGAGAACGAUUCGGAGCUGGGCGUCAAGCACGGCGAACUUGUUUUCAUCGUCUCAGAGUUCACCGAAGGUUGGGUGGUUGCACGCAGGUUCAAAUAUUUCAGCAAAGAGAGCUACGAGUUGGAGAGCGUUGAAGGCAUAAUACCCUUCACUUAUAUUGAUUGGGAAUGGAGCAUUUAA